AUGGACCAUCCACCACAACCGCCGCCUCCUAGACGACUGCCUAAAGUGUCGAACCAGAACGGUCCCAUACCUCCACCACCUCCUCCACCUCAAGGUGCACAUGUUCCCAUAGACAAGAUCACCUUCAUGCGUUCCCUCAUCGCCGAAAACACCAAAACAUCAGAGGAACCCUUCAAGCCCUGCUACAUGUUCUUCUACGGCUCCCUCAUCAGUGAUCGGAAUGGUCUGGUCUGGUCUGGUCUGAGGGUACAGACCAGACCAGACCAGGUGCUUACAUAA